UACCGCCCCCCCCGUUACCGACCCCCCGUUACCGACCCCCCCGUUACCGACCCCCCGUUACCGACCCCGGCCAUGGCCGACCCCAAGUACGCCGACCUGCCCGGCAUCGCCUGGAACGAGCCCGACGUGUACGAGACCAGCGACCUGCCCGAGGAUGACCAGGCUGAGUUCGAGGCGGAGGAGCUCACCAGCACCAGCGUGGAGCACCUCAUCAUCAACCCCAACGCUGCGUACGAGAAGUUCAGGGACAAGCGCCUGGGCACCAAGGGAGUGGACUUCUCUGACAGCGUCAGCAAGAGCAGGACAACGGGCUACGAGUCUGGGGAGUAUGAAAUGCUCGGCGAGGGCCUUGGUGCCAAAGAGACGCCCCAGCAGCGGUACCGGCGGCUGCAGCACGAGGUGCAGGAGCUGGUCAGGGAGGUGGAGCAGAUCCAGAGCUCGGUGAAGGAGUCGGCGGCGGAGGAGGAGCUGACGCCCAUGGCCUUGGCCAGGCAGGUGGAGGGCCUGAAGCAGCAUCUGGUCUCCAGCCACCUGGAGAAGCUGCUGGGCCCCACCGCAGCCAUCGACUUUGCGGACCCCGACGGUGCCCUGGCCAAGCGCCUGCUGCAGCAGCUGGAGGUGGCAAAGUGCAGCAAGGCGGCGCCGGGGAAGAGCCCCGCCAAAGCCCCGGCGCCCACCGGAGACGCCGUCACCUUUGAGCUGUACUGGAGGCCAGAGCAGGAGCAGUUUGCCCAGACCGCCAAGAUGGCGGAGCUGGAGAAGCGGCUGGCGCAGCUGGAGGCGACGGUGCGGUGCGAGCCCGACAGCCAGAACCCGCUGCUGGUGGGGCUGAAGGGCACCAGCCUCAUGGAGACCGUGCAGGUCCUGCAGGCCAAGGUCAACAUCCUGGACGUGGCAGUGCUGGACCAAGUGGAGGCCCGGCUGCAGAGCGUCCUGGGGAAGGUGAAUGAAAUCGCCAAGCACAAGGCAACCGUGCAAGACGCCGACACCCAGAGCAAGAUCCACCAGAUCUAUGAGACGAUGCAGCGCUGGGACCCCGUGGCCAGCACCCUGCCCGACGUCGUGCAGAGGCUGGUGACCCUCAGGGACCUGCACGAGCAAGCCACACGGUUCGGGCAGGUCCUCGUGCACUUGGACACCACGCAGCAGGAGAUAGCCGGUGCUCUCAAGGACAACACCGUGCUGCUGGCGGAGGUCCAGAAGACAAUGAAGGAAAACCUGGCCAUCGUAGAGGACAACUUUGCGGACAUCGAUGCCCGCAUCAAGCGGCUGCAGCAGUGAGAGCACCCUGCAGACCCCCCCCGCACCGGGCGUCCCUGCCCCCCCGGGCCCCUGGGAAUCCCUCCCUCCCGCCGCAGGUACCAGCCCCUGCUUGUGGGUACCCUGGCUCUGGCCCCUGCCCAGUGUGGGGUCUGGAGGGGUCCUCCCCGCCCCUCCGUGCCCACCUCAGGGGGGGACGGGACGGUCUCUGUGCCCCCCAGCUUCACCCCAAUAAAUGGCUCAGCUCCAA